AGGGGGGCGGGCUUCACGCCGGCUGCAUCUGGGUUAGCGGGCGGCGCACGCUCUGGCCCCAAAUGGCUUCGGCGUCGGCUACGCAGGACCAGACGCGCCACGACCACCGGCGCCUCCGCACCGCUCUUCGCUGCUCCUCUGGACGGACCGGCGGUCGUCCUUCACCACUCUACACGACGACAAGAUGCACCGCUGCGGUCCGUGAAACGCUUCCCAAGUCUACGUCGCCAUCUCUUUAACAAAAAGCCUCGAGGAAACAUCCUGCGACUCUGAAUACUCGACCGUUGCUAUCUUCGGUUCAUCGCAACAGCGGCGUCCGGUGCGGCAAGACUUGUGCGAGUUCCGAGGCCUUUGAGUGGUUCUUCCUAAAUACCUUUGAAAUCGUAAAGGUGCUUCUUACUUGAACUUUUUUUUUUUCUUUGCGGUGUCGGGAACUUGUGCGGUGUCUCGGAAUAUUUAAUGCGAAGAUACCUCUGGCUCGUCAAGAUUGCCGUGAUUGCGUCAGCCGACCCACGGUUCUGAGUCGUCUUCACGGCGUUCGAGCUCUCGGCGCCCUUGCCCGGCUUUCUCCGAACCGACGACCGAUUUCGUGUAGCCGCUCCGUACAGCCGAUAGCGCCUAGGUGUUCGGGCCCCGUCGUGGAAGACAUUUGACCGUCCGAGUGAGCUGCUUGAAGCCGAGAGGCUUCCACUUUUCUGCCGCCGUAGAAGGUUCUCCCGUGUGCAGCGAUGCUUCUAGAAACCAGGAGCCUGUCCAAGAUGAUGAACGGCAACGGCUGCGGGGAAGCGGUGACCACUUCGCUCACCUGGAGUGUGGGUCUUCUCAAUGGCGCCCACAAGUACCUCACCGCGGAGACAUUCGGCUUCAAGGUGAACGCCAACGGAGCCGCCCUGAAGAAGAAACAGCUGUGGUCGCUGGAGCCGUGCGUUGACGCCGGUGAGGAAGCGGUGCGCCUGCGCUCGCACUUGGGCCGCUACCUGGCAGUCGAUCAGUUCGGCAACGUCACCUGCGACGCGGAGGAGCACGGGCCGGGUGCCGUCUUCCAGAUCACUGUCUCUGCAGACGCCAAGGGCCAGUGGGCGUUGCGGAACACCAACCGCGGUUACUUUCUGGGAGCCUCGUCGGACCAGCUGGUCUGCGUCGCCAAGGCACCUGGGCCCUCUGAGCUCUGGACGGUCCACCUCGCAGCCAGACCACAGGUGACCAUCCGGUCCAUCGGACGCCGUCGUUAUGCCCACCUCUCGGCCACCGGAGACGAGAUUCAAGUAGAUGCAGCGACUCCAUGGGGAGAGGACACCUUGUUCACGCUAGAGUUCAGGGAUGGCCGCUAUGCACUGCACACGGCCAACGACCGUUAUCUCUGUCCUGAUGGAAAGCUAAUUGAAAACUGCGCACCGGAGUGCCUCUUCAGCCUGGAAUUCCACUCUGGGUACUUAGCACUACGUGACAUCAAUCUUCGUUACCUCUCGCCCAUUGGCUCCAAGGCAGUGAUGCGCACACGCUCCAACUCUGUGACACGUGACGAGCUGUUCUCUCUCGAAGACUCUGUGCCGCAGGCGGCCUUUGUGGGGUUCAACGGAAAGUACGUCUCUGUCAAACAGGGUGUCGAUGUCACUGCCAACCAGGAUGAAGUGUCUGACCACGAGACAUUCCAGCUAGAGUGGGACAAGGAGACUGGCCGCUGGUUUGUCCGCACGAUGCAGGACAAGUACUGGACACUCGAGAGCUCGUCUGGCAUCCAAGCCAAUGCAGACAAAGGCUCUGCCAACUGCCUUUUUGAGCUCAACUGGCAGCCUGACGGCAGUGUCACCCUGGUUGCCAGCAAUGGCAAGCUGGUCGGUGCCAAGAAGAGCGGCCACCUGUUUGCCAACUCUGAGCCUGGCGACCCUGCUGCCAAGUUUCACUUUGCGCUGGUCAACCGUCCCGUACUGGUCCUAAGGUGUGACCAGGGCUUUGUCGGUCGCAAGGGACCGUCUUCACCAAGACUGGAGUGCAACAGAGCCAGCUAUGAGGUCGUUCAUGUUGAACGUGCUGACCGUGGUGUUUGUCACCUCAAAGGUAAUAAUGGAAAGUACUGGGGCAUAGCCGAGGAUGGCUCUGUUUCAGUUGAUUCGGAUGACAGCUGCGGCUUCUAUGUUGAGCUGCGCGAACCAUCACGCCUUUGCCUGAAGACAGCUGACGGUUCUUACCUCAAUGCUGACAAGAAUGGCGCCUUCAAGGCUGGUGCUGCUGACCCAAGCCAAGCUACACUUUGGGAGUAUUGAGCUGCCUAAACCGUCUGGCUACGGAAUUUAAUCAGGCUAGGCUCAACUUGGAUCAACUCGGCAGCAUGGCGUGCCCCAUAAUUUACUUCAGUGUUCCUUGGGAUGUUACUCUCUCGGCUGAAACCAUUGCUUAAAAUUUUUUGUACACCAGUUUAAUAUAAGUAUAUUUCACACUGAUGUGCAAAUGAACCCUUCUCGGACAGUGCUUGCUUUGUAUAAGCUUUGAUGGCAUUAAUAGCAAAAGAUCUGCAUAUUUUACGAUACUCAUCUGCUCUUGCUGUAACCUAGUUGCAGAUUUUCAUGCUUUUAGGAAUGGUCUGGGCUUCUACAGCUGAACCCUCAUGAACAACCCAUGAAACACAAAAAGAGCUAAAGAAUGUCUAAAAUAUGUCUUUAACGGAUAAGCGAAACGUCUAAAGGAAGUCUCAGUUGAAACUUUCUUUGGAUGUGUGCUUCUAGAAAACCUUCUGUAGCUGUGCUAAUGCCACGUUCUUCUUGGAGGAAGUUUCUGAUAAUUUUUUGAGACCUUUAUUUCCAUGUGCGAGGAAAUUCGAGAUCAGUAAUCGCAAUUAAUUUAUAUAAGAACUAACAAUAGCCACUUGAGUGAUCAUUAAAAAAAAAUAACUGGGCUGAAAAAAAAAAAAAUCUAGGCCCUGCUAGAUUUCAAUAUUGGUGGGAUAGUGGGAGCGUGUUAUGCAGCUCAACACAGGUUGCAUCAAUGUGUCUGUUAGGCGCGGGAAGUCUGACAUUUCAUGUACUUGUAGCCUGUAGAGCUGCCCGCUUUUGCAUAUAAACAUUAGACAUAUAAACCUAUUACAUGGAAAAUUAUACAUCCACCCAAUUGUAGCUUAAAAACGAUUAAAACUUAAAAAUACAAUGUACAAGAAUUUAUUAGUGGUCAAAAACAAUGUCCAAAUGUGCUCUUCGAGGUGGGCAUUUUGAAAACAUUUUCAAAAACCUCUUGCCACAGAUGCUUAGUAAACAUUUCAUAUUAUAGCACGAUGUCUACAUGCCUCUCAAGUCAUUUCAAGAAGUUUUCUAGAAGUUUUGUGUUUCGUGGGGAGCUUUUGGAGGUUCUAUAAGGCUACAUGUUUGCCGAGUUCUACUGGUAACAGCCGAGUUCUACAGCCGAGUUGUACUGGUAAUGAAGUGGUGCACUCAUUCUGCCAGCAAAUUCUAGUGGUGUGUAUAACACACUGGUUUCCGGCAAAUUGUAGUGUUGGCAAUCAUACUUGGCUUUGCCAUGUUAGAUCUGUGUGUGUGUAUGCGUGUAUCCGUUGUGUACAAGUACUCUGGUCUUGUGUACACCCGUCGUAAUACAAGCUAGGUCACACGGAAUAGCCUAAAAAUUAAAAUGCUCAAGGGAGGCAUCUAUCGGACGUCGGUAGAGUCUUGUCUGUGGUUGGUCAUUACGCACAAUAGAUCUGGUCCUCAUUCCCCACACUGGUGAUUCUGAACACCAGCGCUUGUGACAGUAUAAUCCACACCAUCUUAUCUCUUUGGUUAUGGACGUGGUUCUUCCCUGUUUGAUACUGAUAAGCCAAACUGACAUUCCUUCCAUUACUGUGUAAGACCGCAAUGUAGCUGGAUUCACCUUUCGAUGUCUUUCACAAUCGAGGGUGCAUUACUAUUUUACUGCCUAUUGAAUAGGAAAGUCUUGACAGGUGCAGUGUUUUUAUUUAGUGAUCGAUAUAUUUUGACCGAGAUAUUCGAAAGUAUUACCAACACGGAUGGCUCUUUUUGCCGGCAGUGUAGGAUGUACACUUUCUUUUUGCAGUUUGAGUGUGACCAAUUUUUGUAUGUUUAUACACCGACUUUAUUAAAAACAAUUUUUGAGUCAA